AUGGCAGGAAAGGGAAAGAAGCUACAACUGAGAUUUGUAGGACCAUAUAAGAUUCUUCAACGUGCAGGAAAUGUGGCUUAUAAGUUGGAAUUGCCACCAAAUUUAUCUCGGAUCCACAAUAUUUUUCACGUAUCGAUGCUCAAGAAAUAUCAUCCAGAUCUGUCUCAUGCAUUGCAACCGAAAAAUAUUGAGAUUGAUGAGGCACUAACCUAUGAGGAGAAACCGAUAAGGCUUCUAAAUUGUAAGGUGAAAGAAUUGAGGAAUAAGCGAAUUCCAUUGAUGAAAGUCCUAUGGAAGAACCACGGACUAGAGGAAGCAACUUGGGAAGUAGAACAAGAAAUUCGAGAAAAAUAUCCAGAUCUAUUUCCGAAUCAAGGCGUUCAAGAGGAUCUUGAAGAGAAUCCCGGAGCCGACCAUUAA